CGUAUCUUUCAAUAGGAAUGUGCCCACCGGCCACGAAGCUCCUCUCUAUCUUCCUCAAAAUCCUCCCCACCCAAAAUCCGAAAAGAGGAAUCUAUCUUGUGGCUCUGCUUCGUCCCGUCGAUCUCCAUCUCCGCCUAUUAAUUUUUGCUCUCCGUGACCUUGUUUCUACUGUCUCAUAGCUGUUGUGCUCUCAACCAUGAACCCAUCUACGAUAACCCAAGAACCCAUUUCCCAUCUUGAUGUCACCUCCCAACUUCGCGGACUCUCAGUCGACUGCAGUCUCUCUGUCCCCUUUUUCCCUGCAAACUCUUCCUCUUCCGCAUCUCAUCUCUCCAACUUCCUCUACUUCAGUAGUCCCCCCUUAUCUUUAUCUUCGCGUAGGAGAACUCGUAAGACCGUCUUCUCCUGCAGCCUUUCCUACAGCUGUUCCAAGUUCCAGUCCCUCUGGAAUGAGUACAACAGGCUCCUUCAGAUUCACUGCGGGUUGGCUCCAGCAAGUUUCGCCUCUAUCGGGAUCCCCUCAAACGAGACGAAUUCUCUCGAGGGGGAUGGCAAUGGGGUUUUUGAGGAGGAGGUCUUGCCGAUUAAUGGCGUAGAUGCGGAAUCCCCCAAGAAAGUUCUCAUCUUGAUGAGUGAUACCGGUGGUGGACACCGUGCUUCGGCAGAAGCCAUCAAGGCGGCUUUCAAUCAAGAGUUUGGUGAUGAGUAUCAGGUUUUUGUGACAGAUUUGUGGACCGAUCACACUCCGUGGCCGUUUAACCAGUUACCGAGGAGUUAUAACUUCUUGGUGAAGCAUGGAACUCUAUGGAAGAUGACUUACUAUGGAACCGCCCCUCGUUUAGUGCAUCAAUCCAAUUUUGCUGCUACAUCAACCUUCAUAGCUCGAGAAGUUGCAAAAGGUCUAAUGAAAUACCAGCCAGAUAUUAUCAUCAGUGUACAUCCCCUGAUGCAGCAUGUUCCCCUUCGAGUCUUGAGGGCGAAAGGUCUUCUUAACAAGAUUGUUUUUACUACUGUAGUCACAGAUCUAAGCACUUGUCAUCCAACAUGGUUUCAUAAAUUAGUUACUAGAUGUUAUUGCCCUUCUUCGGAUGUGGCAAAAAGAGCACUAAAAGCCGGACUAAAGCCUAACCAAAUAAAGGUUUAUGGUCUUCCUGUGAGACCAUCUUUUGUUAAGCCUAUCCAACCAAAGGAUGAAUUGAGAAGAGAAUUUGGAAUGAAUGAGGACUUACCUGCUGUGUUGUUGAUGGGAGGAGGGGAAGGCAUGGGUCCUAUCGAGGCUAUUGCCCGUGCGCUUGGGCAGACAUUGUAUGAUGAGAAUCUUGGAGAACCAAUAGGCCAGAUGCUUGUGAUUUGUGGCCGUAAUAAAAAAUUGGCCAACAAAUUGCUUUCGAUUGAUUGGAAGAUUCCAGUUCAGGUGAAGGGCUUUGUUACUAAGAUGGAAGAAUGCAUGGGUGCAUGCGAUUGCAUAAUUACAAAGGCUGGGCCGGGGACCAUAGCUGAAGCCAUGAUUCGAGGCCUUCCUAUAAUUCUCAAUGGUUUCAUUGCUGGCCAGGAAGUUGGGAAUGUGCCAUAUGUUGUAGAGAACGGAUGCGGAAAAUUCUCAAAAAGUGCGAAGGAGAUUGGGAGGAUAGUUGCAGAUUGGUUCGGGCCGAAAUCCCAAGAGCUGAUGACAAUGUCUCAGAACUGCAUGAAGCUAUCAAGACCUGACGCUGUCUUCAAAAUUGUUCAUGAUCUUCAUGAGCUUGUCAGACACAGAAACCUUUCUCCGCAGUACUCCUGUGCUUCCUGACCUUUUUUUUUUAAUUUUUUCAUGUAAUUUUGUUUUUUUUUUUAAUUUAUUGAAGUAUGUGAGGGGGUAUUUUUGUUAACUUGGUGAGGUUUUUGAUAAUUUAUGAGGAAUUCUGUUAUUGUUUCCUGA